GAAAGGACGGGACGGUUGAUACGGAAGAAGGAGUUUUGUGUUUUGAGUCCAGCUGGACCCGGUUUAACCCCUCACUGGGGCUCAAAAUGCGCUGCGGAGUUUCGGACACAGCAGGCGGAGAGUUCAUGUGAACAAACAUGGAGCCGAGAUUCGGCAGCGAAGUGGCGUCGAUUGUGGAAGUGGCCAUCCAGGCGACUCUGUCUGUCUUCAGGGAUGUGUUGGCGAAAGAGGCGCCAAACACGGAGUGGGAAAAGGCGAGGAUGGGUGAGAUCCAAGAGAUAGAGAAGUCUUUGGUGGUGCAGAUCCACAAAGUGUUUACGGAGUUCUCCUCGGAGCUAUUCGAGGAGAACGAGGCUUUGCGGGCCAAAGUGGAGCAGCUGGAGGACGUGCUCCAGAGGAAAGCCGGGCAGCUCGAGCAGGAGCUGGAGGCCAGAGUGGGGCAGCUGGGCAGAGACAUGAAGCAGCUGGAGAAGGAGCUGAAGACCAUCAGCGAGGGCCCGACUCACGUCCUGCUGCAAGACGGCUCAGUGAUGGGAGGUCCUGUGCUGUCAGUGUCCACCAGUCCAGACGCCCCAGAAUCGGCUGCAGAAGAAUCAAAUCCAGACCCGCUGCCCAUUUCUGCAGGAGCUGCUGAAGUCGUCCCCACCUCCACGGCUGCAUCGGUGACCGUCCCCAAACCUGCGGUCGCCCCCAUGGUGCUCGUGGGCAGAGUCAGCUCCGCUCCCACGGUGCUGUUGGUUGGUGCCAGCCAAAUCGUAGCGCAGUCAUCGGCCGUCUCAGAAACGACGGGAGCUGCAGCAAUCGUGCUCAAACCAGCGGCCUCGCCGGGCUCUACACCUCAAAAUGUCCCCAGUCCCGACUCCAGUACUGUCAGCGGUCUCGACUCGACACAGGAGAAGAAGUCUUUGGAAGGAGGAGCUUCUGGGAGGACAAGACGAACGAGAAGAGCACCUGCUAAUAGUGAAACAGUUUCCGUUGACAACGGCAGCGAGGAGAAACAAAGCAAGUCAGCUGAAGAGCCUGGCAGACGACUGAGAAAGACGGAUUCGCAGACAGCGAGGCGGUUCUUCUGUGAGCACUGCGACCUCGGUUUUCACUGGAAAGGCGAACUGAAGAAACACAUGAAGGUCCACAAGAAGCCUUUUCCUUGCGAUCAGUGUGGCAGGAGUUUCCUAGAGAAGGCGUCUCUGGAAAAUCACGUUUUGCGCCACGAGGCAACUAAAGCCCCGCUGCCCUUCCCGUGCCCUCAGUGUAAACGAUCGUACAGGAAAGAGGAGUCGCUUCAGAACCAUCUCAAGCGUCACCAGCGGUCGAAGCCUCCGAAGCCAUUCUCCUGCGAUCAGUGCGGGAAAACGUUCAGAAUCAAGCAGUCUCUGGAAAACCACCUGUUACGCCACGAGAAAUGGAAGCAGCUGCUGAAGUGCCAGCUCUGCGACAAGACCUGCAAGACGUCGGUUCAGCUCAAGUGUCACAUGGCCGUGCACUCGGAAGAAAGGCCCUUCAGCUGCGUGACAUGCGGGAAGGAGUUCAAGAGCAAAGACACGCUUCGCUUCCACCAGAUGGUUCACACAAACACCAAAAAGUAUAAAUGCACAAUGUGUGAGGAGACCUUCAAAUAUGCCCACUCGCUGACUGUGCAUAAGAGGAAGCACACAGGCGACAGUCCCUUCGUGUGCUCCGUGUGCAACAGGUCGUACAGGACCGGCACGGCUCUGAAAAGACACAGUGUGGUCCACACGGGAGAGAAGCCCUUCACCUGUCACAUAUGUGGAGCGAGGUUCAGCUUGAAUAACAACCUGAAAAGGCAUCUUCGUAUCCACACAGGAGAGAAGCCAUUCAGCUGCCAGGAGUGCGGCAAGAGCUUCUCAGACAACAACAAGCUCAAGUCCCACAUGCUCAUCCACGGCGCCAGAAAGCCGUUCAUGUGCGAUCUGUGUGGGAAGACCUUCCUCUUCAACUGCAGGCUGCAGAUACACCAGAGGUACGUGCACGCCGACAGGAGCGAGCAGUCGGACGGCACGCAGAAUUUCUUCCAGACUCGACGGCAGAACAAGUCGCUGGUUAAACCGUACAGCUGCAAAAUAUGCCUGAAAGGUUUCAGCGCCGCGUGCUCGCUCAAACUUCAUGAAAAAGGCCACAGCGAGCACAAGGAGUUCAACUGCGGCAUCUGUGGGAAGUCCUUCCACAACAAAUACUCUUUCAGCUAUCAUCAGCGGAGCCACACGGGCGAGAAGCCGUUCGUUUGCGACGUGUGCGGGAAGCGGUUUUUCCACGCCGCGAGUCUGAAGCAGCACGAGCGCAUUCACACGGGUGAGAAGCCGUACAAAUGUGACCAGUGCGGCAAGGCCUUCAGAACGGACGGGAACUUCUACAGACACAUGCGGAUCCACACGGGGGAGAAGCCGUUCGAGUGCGUGUACUGUCAGAGGAAGUUCCACCAGUCCAAUCAGCUCAAGUCCCACCUGCAAAUCCACACAGGGCAGAAGCUCUACUCCUGCCAGCAGUGUGGCCGAGGCUUCUCUGAUUCACGGCAGCUCAAGAAGCACAGCUGUGACGGGUCGUAGGUGACGUGGGGCUGCUAUCACCUGAUAGCAAGUAGGACUAAUAAAUGAAAUGGAGGCAUUAGUUACCCAUGGCCCGGUGCCUUUUUGCUUACAAUUUUGCUCAGCUGAACAAAGCUGUUUUCAUACAUGAAGUCCAGAGAAUCAGGCGGGGCGUCAUCUGUAGUUUAACUGCAGCACUGAGCAGGAAAUUAUUUGCCUCGCUUUUCUAGAAACUCGCAGUUUAGUGAAGCAGACCGGACGCCUGACCUCCAUUCACUCGCUGUGAAUUCACUGGACAAUUGUCUGCUCUUCUCUCACAUGCACCCCAUCACACAUCAUGUGGACUCUAUACUGCACAGACUGCAUCAAGCACCUCCAUCAGUUAACCUCUUCUUCAACCACCUGGUCGUUGCUUUUGGUUAGCGGUAGGGUUGAAGUUUGUAACAUCUGUAUGCUUGUGCAGCUUAACCCUAAUCCUACUGCUAAAUAACUCUGCGGUGACCUUGGUGGUUUUUAACAGCGCCCUCUCUGUAAAUUCUUGGUUAAAACUGUCGAACAUCAACUAGAACAGUUAACAAAAUGUUAAAAAAAACAGCUGUUAUGACUUCAUGUCUGAAACAUCUGAGUACUGUGUUAAAGAGGGAUCAGCUGGGGUUGUACUUUUGUGUAGUGUGAAUUUGUACCAUGAGCCGAUGCAGCGACUAAACCAGGCAAAUCAUUAUGAGGCAGUGGCAGCCUUGAAAGUGCAAAGCCACUUGAGGAAAAUGUGAAAUAUCGAAAGUUAGAAGAAGAGCAGCUCACGUCUGAAAGCAUAGUGAGACAGUGCCCCCUGGAGGUUGGUUACAAUUUGCACAUGGGUAUAACAAAAAGUACCCAGAAGAGGUACUGAUCUUGGCAUGUCCUUGGUUAAUAGAGUAGACAUUUGAAUGUUGCCGCUCUUUCUAAAUGGUGCCGGCAAUAUUAAUCAUUUAAACUAACGUUAUCUUUUAUUCAUUUAAUGCCAGUUAGCUGUUGGGUCUCACACGGCACUGUAUUUCAGCUCUCGAUGUCUCUCUAUGACUGAAAGAUGGAUGGCAGCCCCGCUAAUCAGCACAGUGCUGUACGACUUUGUACUACAGGAACGGUUAUAUGUUGUGUCAGAUCAAACUCUGUUUCACUGGGGCGAUGCAUAAGCACAUUCUGCACAGGCAUGGUUUCACAGGUUUCACAGCCACCUCUGGAUGAAUCUGGGCUUUUAUUUUGAAGGUACAUUUAUUGACUCACCUGUCAAAUCUGUUUUAAAAAAAUUGCUACAAAAAGCUUUACAAGCUCGGUGUUUGCUCAAGGGUUCAAGCCAGAGUCUGUUUUCUGCUACCAGACAGCUCUGAGUUGAUUCAAAAUGCAAACAGUAACUCUAGAUAUAACUCACAAGUAUGCUAAACUACAUAUUUGCUACAGUAAUGAGUAAACACAUGUGGCUGCUGGUGUACAGCUGUUGAUUGGCUCUUUGGACCUCUGGCUUUGCAAAAUCCUCCCACUAAUUUUUGUUAAGGAACUUUUGACUUAUCCUUAUGCAGCAAGUCUGCAAAAAAACUGAGCAGAGUUUUACACGGUGUACAGUGUCACACAUUUCAGUGGCAUUUAAAUAAUUUGUUAAUUGGUUCAAAUGGCUCUUUAAUACAAAUACAACAUUUGUAAGAUUAAUGUUUAUAUUCAUCCAUCAGAUUAGUUGACUAGUUGUCUUCUAUUCUCGAGUUUAAUCAACUAGGAAAUCAGUUGCAAGCUGCAGUGCAUGUAUGAAAACGGCUCCAGUGUGACACAGAAAUAACUUAAUAAAAUGUACUGGGAGAGCUGGUAGGGUUACCUGUGAUUGAAGAGGUAUUAAAGUUUUGGUGAAAUCCUGGACCAGCAACUAUGUUAAAACCAACUAAUGUUAACUAAUCUGGGCAUCAACAAAUAACUUGACUAAAGGUUUAUGCCAGCCUAAUAUAAUGUAAGACAGACACUGAUGUAGAUAAUUGUCCUUGUGUUUGCUGAUAUCAGCUGAUACUGAUCUGUGCAUUCGUCCUUAUGAUGUGGGGAAAGUGGGUGUGAAAAACAGCUAUAACACUGGCACCUCUCACCCUUUAGAUGUUAGAGUUAAGGGAAUGAUUAAGCGUGAUUUAAUAGCUGUCAAUACGAUAUCAGCUUUUUUAUCAGUAGAGGUUAGCAGUAUUGUUGUGGCAUUUAUGUUUUGUAUUAUUAUUUUGUUUCUUUAACCUCAGCUGUUUAAAAAUCUGGUGAAACAUGAAAGUUACUUGUAUGAAACCUAAAAUUUGAGAUAUUAAGGUAGAUUACAUCUUCAAAUGUUCUGAAGGUAAUGUGGGAGUUUGCCAGUUGAAAUUUAAGUGAAAAUUUGGGCAUUUUAAUUGAUUUUUUUUUUUUCUUUUUUCUUUUUAAGAAUUCUUAAAGUAGUAAUUUAUGUUUUGUGAAUUCCCAAAAAUCCCAGUGAAAGGUGUAAUCAUUUUUAAAAUAGAAGUCGAAGUGUAAAGUGACUUUCUAAUAACUUUAUAUUUCAGUUCUCUGAGAUAUGUCUAUUUUUCUUGCUCGAAAUUGCAAUUAAAUAACA